AUGGCAUCCUCUCAGAAAUUCACCCCGCCGCCUUCGCCGCCUUCGCCGGCGGCCUCGUACUACGACGUCAGUGACGACGAGGAGGGCGAGUACAAUACUAUCGCCCAUGCGAGCUCUGGAAGGGGAGUGAAGCUUUUAUUUUCAAAAAGCAAGGUUUACGUCCACCCGACACCCUCUGCCAAAGACAACAUCCCUGGUUUCAUCGCUUUGAUUCAACAGAAACCAGUCCAUCAAACCUCAUCAUCCAACAAGCAAGAUGCAUCCUCCUACCUCCUCGCAUGGGUGCCUGAGUCGUCUCUCGGCGAUGCCUACAGUACCUACGUCAAAGUCGACUUGUCCGAGAACGCCUCCCCGCCCCGACAGACAUACCUUGUGCCCGCGCUACCGACCACGACGGCUGCCUCGCGAGAUCCGAUCGGAUUAUACGCGUUUGCAAUCCCCCUAUCCGAGCUCUACUCCUUGCUGGUACGGCCGCCAAGUUUGGGAUGGUGGUUCGGCAGCCUGGUGAUCAACACCCGGGCGGGGGAUAGCUUCCCGGCCCUGUUUUUCCACGAUAGCGAAUGCGAAUCGACUAUACUGCAAAAGAAGAGGCGAGCAAAGGAGAAUUUUGACCCGUUCGGUGAAGAUGGUACUAUGUUCUGGGGCGGCGAUGAGGUCCUCCGGUGGCUACGGCGGUACGUGGACGUCCAGCGCUCCGCAGCCGAUAGGAACAUAUACCUCAUCGACCCGUCGGAAGAGGACCGCUUAUCCUUUGGAAGGCCACUGACGGGCGAUGGGUCAAAGGGAAAAGACUCGAACAAAGCUGCUGAUGCCGCACAGCCUGGCGCGAGCGGACAGCAGGACGCAGGCAUGGAUCCCUUCGUGAAAGCACUCAAAGAAACGCGUUGGAAGGUGCUCGAGCAGCUCAGCAAAAUCACUACAUUUACGAGACGCACGGCGAACGAGAUUGCGGACAACCCACGGGUUCCGCUGCAGGUCCGUCGCCUGAUGAAAAACCCGGAGAUCCAGACUCUUCAGGAUGAAUUCGACAGCGCGAGACUCUAUCUGGCUCGAUGGGCGAUGAGUAUCUCCGAACAAGGCGAGCGAGACCGCCAACAGCGGAUCUGGACCGCUCGCGACGUCAUGGACACGGAAAACAGCGCCGUGGGAGACUUUGAGAUCCUCGGACUCGAGACUAGCGCGAUGCAGAUCCAGGACCGACGAAACACCCUGGAAUUGAAGGAGUGGGAGGGGUUUUUUGACCCGUCUACGGGUCGACUGCAACUGACCGUGGAAGAAGUGAAAGAGAGAAUCUUCCAUGGUGGUUUGGACCCUAAUGAUGGCGUGAGAAAACAAGCCUGGCUGUUCCUCCUGGGUGUAUACCCGUGGGAUUCCAGUCGUGACGAGCGCCAGGCGCUCAUGAACUCCAAACGCGACGAGUAUAUCCGUCUAAAAGCCGCAUGGUGGGAGAGAAUGAUUGAAGGAACAUCGACCGCAGAUGAGUACGAGUGGUGGAAAGAGCAAAAAAAUCGAAUCGAAAAGGAUGUCCACCGGACAGACCGCACCAUCCCACUCUUCGCUGGAGAGGAUAUCCCCCAUCCAGACCCGGAUUCUCCGUUUGCAGACACGGGCACGAACGUUCAUCUAGAACAAAUGAAAGACAUGCUUUUGACAUACAACGAAUACAACCCCGAUCUGGGCUACGUUCAAGGCAUGAGCGAUCUCCUAGCCCCUAUAUACGCAGUCAUGCAGGACGACGCGGUUGCCUUCUGGGCCUUUGUGGGCUUCAUGGACCGAAUGGAACGAAACUUCCUUCGCGACCAGUCCGGCAUGCGAGGCCAGCUCUUGACACUCGACCAUCUUGUUCAGCUCAUGGACCCCCAGCUCUACGUGCACCUCCAAUCUGCCGAUAGUACCAACUUCUUCUUCUUCUUCCGCAUGCUCCUCGUCUGGUACAAGCGGGAAUUUGAAUGGGUCGAUAUCCUUCGUCUCUGGGAGACUUUGUGGACAGACUAUCUAUCCAGUAGCUUCCACCUCUUCGUCGCCCUCGCCAUCCUCGAGAAGCACCGGGACGUCAUCAUGAACCAUCUAAAGCACUUUGACGAAGUCCUCAAAUAUAUAAAUGAACUCUCCAAUACCAUGGAGUUGAUCCCUCUUCUCACACGCGCGGAAUCGCUCUUCCGCCGCUUCGAACGCACCGUCCAAGCCGUCGACAAGAAGAAGAAUUUCCCUCAGCCCCCCGCCCACCGGCGCAAACAAUCCCAGGGCCAACCCUCUACACCUGCACCGGAUGGGGCGAGCAGUAAAGGCAAAUCCCCUCAACAACAGACGACCCCUGCGGCCGGAUCCAGCAGCGGCGUCGAUGGCGGUGUUGGUAGUGAGAUCGGGUCGAGCGAGAGCCCAAAAGUGAUUUCUCCCGAGUUGAGGGAGCUGCUGAGCAAAGACGUGUUUUGGAAGAGUUCGAAGCGGAGGUAG